AUGGCCACUGCAAUAGCUUCAUCCUCAUCCUCUCUCCUCUUCUCCACCUCAUCUCUCUCGUCCUCGUCAUCAUCCUCUCUCGCUCCCAUUGCCCGACUUUCUCUCUCCUCACUCUCGUCUCAGUCUCUCCCCUCCUCUCUCUCCUUCUCACCGUCUUUUCGAGCAGUUUCGACUAAAAACGCCUCCAGAAGGGCUUUCUCGUCAUUCACAGUCCGCGCGGAGAAGAAGAAUGUGCUCGUUGUCAACACGAACAGCGGCGGCCAUGCCGUCAUCGGAUUCUACUUUGCAAAGGAGCUUCUGGCGGCCGGCAAUGGUGUCACGAUCCUGACCGUUGGUGAGGAGGGCUCGGACAAGAUGAAGAAGCCGCCUUUCAACAGAUUCUCAGAAAUUGUGAGUGCUGGAGGGAAGACAGUGUGGGGUGAGCCAGCAGAUAUUGGGGAGGUGUUGGAGGGAGCUGCGUUUGAUGUGGUGUUGGAUAACAAUGGAAAGGAUUUGGAUGCUGUGAGGCCAGUAGCAGAUUGGGCAAAGAGUACAGGAGUGAAGCAAUUUUUGUUCAUCAGCAGUGCAGGGAUUUACAAGCCAACCGAUGAGCCUCCGCAUAUUGAAGGGGAUCCGGUCAAAGCUGAUGCUGGCCAUGUGGGAGUAGAACAAUAUAUUUCAGAGACUUUUGAUAAUUGGGUGUCUUUCCGCCCACAGUACAUGAUUGGCUCCGGCAACAACAAGGACUGCGAAGAAUGGUUCUUUGACCGCAUCGUCAGAGGCCGACCUGUCCUGAUUCCCGGCUCCGGUAUGCAGUUAACAAACAUAGCCCACGUGAGAGACUUAUCAUCCAUGCUCACUUUAGCAGUCCAAAAUCCAGAAGCCGCAGGCGGAAAAAUAUUCAACUGUGUUAGUGACCGUGCUAUCACACUCGAUGGCAUGGCCAAAUUAUGCGCUCAGGCAGCUGGGCUGCCUGUCGAGAUAGUGCAUUACAAUCCAAAAGCAGUUGGAAUAGACGCAAAAAAGGCUUUUCCUUUCCGAAACAUGCAUUUCUAUUCCGAGUCAUGGGCUGCAAAGGAGAUUCUUGGGUGGAGUGGGACGACAAAUCUACCCGUAGACUUGAAGGAGAGAUUUGAAGAAUAUGUGAAGAUCGGUAGAGACAAGAAGGAAAUUAAAUUCGAGACAGAUGAUAAGAUUCUUGAGGCACUCAAAGUACCUGUGGCAGUAUGA